UCUCGCUCUAGCAAGGUGGACCGCAUAUCACUCGCGCGUUUUCGAUUAUAGCCCGAAUUCUAUCGAACAUCAACAAAAACAAUUUCCUUCAAACUAUCUAGUGUAAUGUAAGUAGUGAUUAAAUUAAGUGUAAGAUGUAAUAAAAACUCAGUGCCGUGCACAACUUUCAGCGAUAUAGACGCAUUAUGUUAGUGAUUUUUUAACUUGUGCCAAGAUGUCGGAGACAUUGAAGAGAUCGUUCAGUACGGAGGGCCAUGCGUCCAGGCGUGACUGGAAGACGCGGCUCAGCCUACGCAGUCGAAGCGGUCACAGCAUGGAAGCGCUGAGAGGUCGUCGAUGCGCCUCUCUCCGAUCUGCUGGAACCUCCGUACGGGCCGACGACUCGGGAAGAGCUACCCCAGCUCGUGUCCCGAGGGCUGCCUCCUCACCAGGCGACCACCAAACACCGAAGAAGUCCAACUGGGAAGUCAUUGAGCACUUCUCAUCCAGCCGCAGCAGGAAAAGUCCAACAACGGUGGAAACGGAGGGUGCCCCCCAGCCUUCAUCAGCUAACCUACCCCUCUGCCCCGCGGGAAAACCCGAUGUCGACAUACAACCUUUGCUCGGAGAAGAUCCCGGAGGAGAGGCAUGUCCUGGACCGUCGGAAGACGAGAAUGAGGAAGAAAACACCUGCUGUGAAGUCGUGACACUCUAUUGCCCUGAAGCAAUCAGGGAUCUUUGCUUUUCACAUCGAUUUAUCAACCUUAAUGUGGAGAUGUUAUACCAACGUUACUUUCUCCGCAUGAAUCAGACGAAUAUGAUGACAUUGUUGGGACUCCUGCUGGGAGUGGGAUUCGGAAUGGUAUCAGUUCAACUGCCAGCAUUGCUCGCCGCCCAGACUUUCAUCACUGAGGCAUUGUACAACGGGACAAGUUUUGACCAUAUGGACAUGUCGUUAGCGACUACUACAGAUCCAAGUUACACAAGGGUUUCUCGUGCCUUCUUCGAGAGAGAGAGAUUGGCGCACGUGAUCAAUGUAGUUCUUUUUGGCCUCGCAGCGUUAGUGUACGCCUGUCUUCUCGCGUGCUUGAGCAGACCAGCAAUGAACGAGAUAUAUUUGCUGACCGUCUCAUAUGUAGUCCUUACUACCUUCAUACUUGUUGAGUGCUCCCUAUGCGGCACUGCAAUACUAAGAUCAAUGAACGUUAGUAUGGGUGUAUGUGCGCUAUUCACAUAUGUGACCUACGCCACUCUACCACUGCGAUUACAUGAGGCUACGAUUGGUGGAUUUAUACUUGGAGCUAUCAACAUUGGCGCCCAAAUCAUGAUGACCAAGACUACUGAUACUCAGAUUUUUUGCAACCUGGUAACUCUGAUCGCAUGCAACAUAGCCGGCAUUAUGACCCAUCACCCGCGUGAACUGGCGCAGCGUCGGGCUUUCUUGGAGACACGUGACUGUGUUGAGGCACGCCUGGUGACCCAACGAGAGAAUCAACAGCAGGAGCGCCUGUUGCUAUCGGUACUCCCCCGGCACGUCGCCAUGGAGAUGAAGGCUGACAUCGCAAACCAACCACGUCAGGAGCAGUUUCACAAGAUCUACAUACAACGAUACGAGAAUGUCAGUAUCCUGUUUGCCGACAUUUGUGGAUUCACCUCCCUCUCAGACCAAUGCACUGCUGAAGAACUCGUCAGACUCCUCAAUGAAUUGUUCGCAAGAUUCGACCGCUUAGCUGCUGAGCACCACUGCCUUCGCAUCAAGUUGCUGGGUGACUGCUACUACUGCGUUUCUGGAUUGCCUGAGGCUCGCGAUGACCACGCCAAGUGUUGCGUCGAAAUGGGACUUGACAUGAUUGAUGCUAUUGCCCUGGUACGUGAAGUGAUGGCUGUCAACGUAAACAUGCGUGUGGGAAUCCACACUGGCCGGGUUCAUUGCGUGGUGCUUGGCCUCCGCAAGUGGCAGUUUGACGUGUGGUCCAAUGACGUUACCUUGGCUAACUACAUGGAGAGUGGAGGAGUUGCAGGGAGAGUUCACAUCACGAAGGAGACUUUGGCAUGCCUUGGCGAUGACUACAGAGUGGAGCCGGGGAACGGUGGACAGCGCAAUGCAUACCUAAAAGACCACAACAUUGAAACCUAUCUCAUAGUCCCAGAUGACACAAGUCGCGUGGAUAAGAAGCCUCAAAAUAAUUUAUCUCUCAAUGGAAACAUCUCAAAGGAGAUGCGGGUGAUGGGACAUGGCUCGCAACACGGAAAACAUUCCUCAAACGCCGACGCUAAUAGCGAGAAUAAGAAGCCCGAAGAUGAAGUGAAUGAGUACUUGAUGAAAGCAAUCGACGCCCGCUCCAUAGACCGCUUGCGGGCGGAGCACUGCCGCCCUUUCACGCUUACGUUCCGCGACAGUAAGCUUGAACGAAAGUACAUUGCUGAGCAGGACAGGAUGCUGAAAGUAUAUUUCCUAUGUUCGAUCUUCGUGUACAUCGCUGUUGCCAUUGUGCAGUUUCUCGUCUAUGACAUAAAAUUGGCUGGGACUAUCGUGAUACUCACAUGUGCGACAAUAAUCAUGGCGAUCAUAUACCUUGUACUUUGCAAAGACAUUAAGUAUGCGGUGCCGAGCUUUCAGAAAUUUUCAGAAAGAAUUCAUAACAAUCGCAAUCUGGCGCAGCUUAUGUCUUUCCUGCUAAUUGCAACCGUCGUCAUACAAGUUGAGGUCAUUAUGGGAAUGCAUAUGCUAUCUGAAAAUGAGCCAGAUAAAGGCGAAUGUCCCACGAGUAUUAACGAGCACUACCUGCAGCUUACGCUUUUGGCAAUGUUCUUAUGUGCCGCCCACCAGGUUCUCAUCACGACGUACAAGACAAUUCUCCUUGUCAUCAUCAGUGGUAUAUACAUCGGGAUUACGAUACGGAAAUAUAUCUACUAUCAAAUGAACUACUCAGAAUUCCAGUUCACGUGUGUUGAUGACUGGAGUCAAGACUUAACAAACAUCGUUGGAGCUAUGGGUGCCCUUAUUGCAUUGUUACUACAUUCCCAGCAAACCGAGAGUACAUACAGACUGGAUUUCAUAUGGAAAAUGCAGGCAAAUGACGAAAAAGAGGAUAUGGAGCAUUUGGAGGCAUACAACCGCAAGCUUCUAGCAAACAUCUUACCGGAACACGUAGCCCAGCACUUCUUGUGCAGCGACAAAAACUUUGAUGAGUUGUAUCACGAGCAAUGUGAGUCCGUGUGCGUCAUGUUCGCCUCGAUCCCAAACUUUUCGGAAUUCUACGUUGAACUGGAAGGGAAUAAUGAGGGAGUGGAAUGUCUACGUCUGCUUAAUGAGAUAAUUGCAGACUUCGAUGAGAUCCUGGCUGAAGAACAGUUCAAGUAUAUUGAGAAAAUCAAGAGCACCGGGUCGACAUACAUGGCAGCGUCAGGUCUGACAGUGGCUACUAGAGACCUUCUAGGCUUUAGACACGUAACGGCGAUGGCAGACUAUGCAAUACGUCUCCGUGAGCAGCUGCAAUAUGUCAACGAGCAUUCAUUCAACAACUUCAGGAUAAGGAUAGGGAUUAACAUCGGUCCCGUGGUGGCUGGUGUGAUUGGUGCAAGGAAGCCGCAAUACGAUAUUUGGGGCAACGCAGUCAAUGUUGCAUCGCGCAUGGAUUCUACUGGACUACUCGAUCAUAUCCAGGUGACACAAGAGGUGUAUGACAUCCUGUCGAAGCGUGGCUACAAGCUCCGAUGCCGUGGUACGAUUGACGUGAAAGGCAAAGGGAACAUGGUGACAUUCCUUCUUGAUGGCAUCGGAGAAACAACCGUACUGAACAACAAUAACGACAUAUAUAGUAACCCUACUCCGUCGACCUCUGGUUCUGGUGCAGGUGGAAACCAUGACAAAUCUGAGCAUCGCACUUUGGAGACACUUUCUGAAGGACACACCGAUGAGGAUGGACCCACACCCAGGUCUUCAAUACCCAAAGAAGAACAAAGUGAUGCGAACAGCCCGAAGCUUCGAAACCAAAAUAAAUCAUGUGACAGCCUCGCAGGUGCCGUUCGUGCAAGGGUUAGGAGACACAUGGAGCGCCCUCUUUCACUUACUGAUAACCCUGGAUUACCUGCUUUUAUCAGUAUCAUAAAAUCAAAAGCCUACUCCACUGAUCUUGGCGUGGCAGGGUAUUUUGAAGAGACACCAGCCAAUACAUCUCUUACAGAAAUUAAUACAUCGAAGGAUUGGUGUAGUCUUGAUAUAGAAGAAUUGGGUUCAAGAGUCCCAAAACGAGCAUCAAGUCUUGCUGAUUUCUUUAAGAGGAAACAACAAAAACCAAACUAUUCAUCAGUCAACAUUAUAGAAAAUCCCAUGAACUCAGUCUAAAUUAAACCUACCAAAAAGAAAUGUAAUAUUAACGAGAUAUAGACCUAUAUUUUGUCGAUACUAUAUUAUAUCCUUUAAGCUUCAUAAAUGAUUACGUAAAUAAUAUUAAAAUCAAUGUGUGGAUGACUGACUAAGAUUUGAGUACUACUCAGAUUUUCUUAGCUUAAUACAUUAGACGCUGGCUAUAACAAGACUGAAUGUAACGACUAUGAACUUCACAAAGUGAAAAGCAUUGUGAGUUCAUUCCAAACAAUGAACGAAUUUAUUUAUUUAAGUAUACGCCGUUGGGUGCAUUGGUACUAUACCUCAACCUGUCUGUAGGAAAUGGAAUUUCCGACUUGAUGGACUAUAUACGUAUUUUAGGAAAAUCUUUACAUGAACAAAAAUCGGGAUUGCAUUCAACGCGGGAUAAAACGCUUACAAUUAAAUGUGGCCAUAGGUAUUGUCAAUUGAAUAGAGGGAUUUUAAUCUUCAGAGGUUUGGUGGUAUUUACAGAUUUAUAGGAUAGAGUGGUAUGGCGAUUGAGGUGACGAAUUUUUCAUAGUUUGGCGUAACGCACGGCAACUUGAUUGUAUUUAUAGCACAUUUCAAUACCGCUUCUGAAUUCAUGAACAAAGAAAACGACGUAGUGAUGAAACUCCCAACUAUUUCUUAAUAAUUAUAAUCUCUAUAUAAAUGUUUUAGAUAUAAUUAGAAGACGUUGUUAUCAUGUCUAUAAGACCCGUUAAAAUCAAUUUAAUGUCAUAUUUACUUAACUAAGUGACCAAUCCAAUGUUUGUGGACCUUUUCGAUCUUAAAAAAAAUACUUUUAGAUUUUUGAAAAUUGCUCUUGUUCAAUGCAUUAUGGUUCAAUUAUUUUAUACCCCCAUGUCUCUUAUUUGAUCUUUCAAAAUAUUCCCAAGUCCGAUGCGGUAUCUUUUGACAGUUAAAGCGACUUGGGAUUUUCAGUGUCAACUUCAAAUCCGAACUCUUCAUUUUGUCAGUUGAUUAUCCGUUUUUGAUCGGUAGUUAAACCUGAAUACUGAAAACCUGAUGAAACUCCCGCUUCCUUAUAAUUAUGCCCGCUUUUAGUUUACAUAAAUAGGUAGUUUCGCGACGUCCUCAUUUCAUUUUUUUCCAAAUUUUUGACAAGAUUUAAUUUGAGAUGUUGUCUUAUGAUGUGUUAGCCGGAUUAAUAUGAAUUGGUGUAAUCGAACAAACAAAGAGUAUUGUUUUCAUUGAAUCAUUUGCUAUAAAACAUAGUCUGGUUUAGAAUUUAUCAAUUUAAAUUUUCCUUAGUUUAAUUAUAAUUAAUUUUCCUCAAACUUUCAAUGAUUUAUUUAUUGUUAUAAUUUAUUUAGCAUGACUAACAGGUAAUUCAGCAUUCAUUAUUUAUAUCUUAUUAAAAUAAUUUACAAUAAGUAUUUUACAAUUUUAUCUGUAUCGGUUUUGAGUGAAAUUAAUUUGGUAUGGUUUAAAUCGUUUUCAUUUGUCCGCUAUUUUUUUACUACACCAUCGGCGAAAAAAAUACAUCAAACCGAAAUUAUUCUUAUCUGAAUAAGAUUCAGAAACGUGAUGUAGCGCAAACUACAACUUCUAUAGGUCUGUCAAAAUCUAAUAAAUUUUGGCGUACGGAAGUCUCGUUUCUGAAUCUCACCCUUUGAUCAUAAAAUUGUUUCCAAUAUUAACAAUACACCGAAGUAAACACCAAACACAGCCGUGAAGCAGAUGUUUCAUUCAUAAGUCGUAUACCAUUUAGAACCAAAUAGCUGACUGUCUCUAAGAGUUUUCAUGUUAGUUCUUGUUCUUAAGUUUAAACUUGGAUUAGAUGUUUUCAAUCAAGGGAUAACAUAUGAAGUUGUCGUCUUGUUCGCAUGUCUUUCUUUUAGCUGUCACGUGAGACCGUUUGUUUGUCUUUUAAGACUCAUGUCGCAGCUUCUGAAAUAAUCAUUGCAUUUUAUAAGUAACUAAAGUAAAUUGUAACCUACUUAAGGUAAAUUGAUAACAAAGUUGUAAUCUCAGCGUAGUUUUAAUAAAUGUUUGUCUAAUAUUCUUCAUAUAGGAACUUAAUUCGUAUAAUUUUACCAGUUAAAUUGAGAAGUUCGGACGAUUCUGCAAUUUGUCUAUUUAAUUUUGAAACGCCCCUCAAUUGACUCCUAUAGUAAAUUUAUAUGUUAUACGUAAAUGUAUGUAUAAUUAUAAAACUAUUAUAUUGUCGUGUAAACAAAGUGUAUGCAUUUAUCUACUUUCACCCUUGUAUUUUUCGAUGUUUUUUACAAAAUGCUUAUUUUUACUAGUGCCAACACUAUGUAUGCCUAACAGUAUUAGUGUAAGUAUUUAAAAUAUCUGAUGUUAGGUUAGAGAUGUAAUUGUAGAUUUGUGUCUAAAUAUAUCACCAUAAGCCCCAUACACAUAAAUGUUUGCUAUUGUAAACAGCAUAAAUAAUAUUUGACGGCUGGAUUCAGUUCUUUGUGUUUAUUUUGCGAUUAGAAUGUUGAUAAUGUUUCAGCUUGGAAUAGAAGGGCGAGUUAUUUUUAUUUCUAUGCUGAUUUUCUGAUAUAUGCCAACUAAAGAAAAUUUUCUGUUUCUACUUACGCUACAACCUGGCGAAGAGUGAAGAUAUAAAAUUUUAUCGGAUGUUAAAGCUUUUUAAACCACACAAAUGCACAACAUCUGCCCCAGUAUUCUCUACAGCGAUCUUAACGUCUAUAUUCCACGCGAUCCCAAAGUAACGUCUAGGUGCAGAUGUUCGACUCAAUGCUUUCGACAUCCUUAUUGUUAUUGAAAGUAAGAAGAGCCGUCCGGUCUUCUUACACACUUCUUCUCGGUCUCUUUACUCAGAAAAUUGUAUAAUAAUUGUACUAUGGCGCUUAUGGCAAUAUAUGUGAGUUAUAGGAUUUCUUGACAGCUCGUAACAGAACCCUUUUUGCCAUUUGUAUUAGCUUAAUUAGUAGCCAAAGAACAGUAUACUUUUGAUUAAUUAUUGUGUACGGUGAUGAUUGUACUACGUAUCUAUAAACCACACUGGACAGGUCUAAUGUGCUCAAGAUAAAAAUUCCAAUGUUUGUUUUUAAGUUUACAUUUGAUAGUUACUUGUAGGCUUUUUUGCUUCCCAGUGAUCUAAUAUAAUAUGUUUAUGUGUCUAAACGCAACAAGCGAAUAUUAUUACUCAAUAUUUAAGGUUGUUUUAAACCGUUGUUAUAACGAUUUGACGUCCGAAUAUAUCUACUAUUUAUAGAAAAGUAUUGAUUUGGCCUACAGCUCGUAGAUACUCAAUGUUAAUAUUUAAGUGCAUAUAUUACGUACAUUAGGGACUUUAUGACCAAUUAAUUUACUCUAUGCUUAAUAUAUUGAUAGUCUGAACUUUAAAUUUUUGAUGUUUUAUAGUGUUCUUGGCUAAUAAGAAUAAGCGAAUAUUUAUCAUGAUUAAAAUUAGACAAGGUGUAUUUUAAAAUUAGAAUUGCUCUCCGAUUCGAUAUACGAAUUUUGGAAACUACUAGCUAUUAGGAAUUCGCUUAUACCUUUUGUUAGCAAAAGUUAUUGUUUAAGUUUUUUUGAAUAUGGAAUACUGUUUCUAUCGUGUUGAUAUAUAAUCUGCAAAAUGUACAAGAUCUUCUACCAUUACUUUUAAAAGUUUCUUGAAAUGCAAUCUCACAGGUUGUUAUAAAAGUACUAUUUUUGUUCGUUAUUUAAUCUCUUUAAAAAAUAUUGAUGCGUUUGGCUAAAGAUCUUCACUAUUCAGACUUUUAAUACCCCUGUCAUAUAUUUUACUUGGUUUUUAAUAUAUAAUUCCUGAAACUCAGUUGUGAGGCCUUUUGAGUAGGCGAAUAUUAUUGAGCGGUAUCAUUUAACAUCAUAUGAGAUACUCAUAUGUUCUGUUUGGUCUUUACUUUUUUUAUAAUUUUUACUAACAAUUAAAAUUCCUCCAAUAUUUAAUAUCGAAUCUUAUUUUCUCAUAUAUUUAUUAUUUAUAGGUAUUAUACUUCUUUUGUAGACACUAUUUUUAAUCUAAUAUUUUUUCCAAAUAACAACUAUCUAACAACUAUCUAUCUAAAAAAUAAUCUGCUCACGAGAUGUAUAAUCUAGUAUGUUGUAUUCCAAGUUAUAAAAUGCUAGAAACUACAUUCAUAAUAUAUUAAAACUUUUGCAACGCGAUGAAACAGUAUUUUAUCAAUGUUAAUAAAAAUUGUACGUACAUAUAUAGUACGAUGGAUAUUAUGAUGCAAGUAGAAAAAAUGUUUUUAUGUUAGAUAUUUUGAAUGUUUCGAUGUGGUUACAUUUAAGAAACAAGGAUUUAUAUAAAAACUAUAUUGUAAUAUGCUUUGCUAUAAACUGGACUUUAGAUGUUGCAUAAAUUAAUUUUUGCUGUAAAUAACUUUAAUUAACUUAUUAUAUUAAUAUUAUGAAUUAUCUGUAGACUAUUUGAAAAUGUCUCUUGUAUUCCGGAGUUAAAAUAGAAGUCAAGGCAUUAGACAAAAGGCUAAUUAUAUCACACCGGUAUGUUCCAUACCGGAAAUUAACAUAUACCAAAUGGACGGUUCAUUUUUAAUUAUGAAUGAUAAAAUCUGGGACUACUGUUAAUACCACACACAGCGAAAUUAAACAAAUACUUGCAAAACGCCUUGUCGCUAAGAAUGUUUUGAAAAUGCCAUCGGAGCCUAACAGUUUACAGGUGAAUUCUAAAAUGUUUAUAAUUAUUGUUAUAAAUUGUUUUAAUCGCACAUGGAUGACAAACAUUUGGAUAAAAGUUUUGUUUUAUACUUAUAUCGUUAGUUCACAUAAGUAUAACAAAAGUUGAACGAAGGAACUAAUUACUCCAAGCUUACAUUUAUUAUCCACAAAUCAAAGGCCUGGAAAGAAAAUAGCACAACUCUGUAACUCUCACGACAACAACUACGAUUCCAACUUGUAACUUUUCGUACCGCGAUUCCAAGCGUAUUCAACUGCGCUACGGAUAUUUAAAGAAGUAAUCAAAAUUUUAUACAGGAACGUUGGAAGUUACACUGCACUGAUAGCUUUUCCUAGUACGCAAAAAUGUAACCAUUUUGAAACAUUGUAUGAUUAAUUAUGUAUGCAGUAUGACUGUUAAUAUACGCCUUGAAGUCUCAAUUAGUAGCAGCUUACGCAUCGUUUCAUUUCAUUAAUACGUAUUUUACAUAUAUGUAAUAGAUUGUAUAAGAAUCUAUGUAAUUGAUGUCUUUAAUAAAUGGUGUUCGUGCGAUGUUUA